AUGAAUUUACGUGUGAUUAUCCUACUUCUCUGCCUGGUCGUGUUUGUGGCUGGAAAAGUUCACCGAUUUCGCCUGCAAAGGAGAUCCCAUCGACAUCACAAAGUGCCCCAUGCUCAUAUGCACCUGCAAUUUCGCAAUGCCCUGCGAAGAAAGUACGGGUAUACGCCACUUCGUACAACUAUAAAUCAAGCAAGUGACUCCAAAGGAGUAGUGUUAUCGGAGACCUUGAUUAAUUCCUACGACACCAACUUUUUCGGGGAAGUUUCGACUGGAGAACAACCUUUCACUAUGCAAUUUGACACAGGAUCCUCUGACUUUUGGGUGCCCAGUUCUCAUUGCCAAGUUUGCAUUAAAAAAUGCGGCAAUAAGUUCUUCAAGGAGUCCAAGUCGAAAACCUUUCAUACCGACAAAGUUCCCUUCAGCAUCACAUAUGGAUCUGGAUCGGUGAAGGGAAUUGUGGCCUCAGAUGAUGUCGGUUUUGGGGAUCUAAAGAUCCAAAACCAAGGCAUUGGCCUGGUCAACAUUUCCGACUCCUGCUCCGAUUUCGAUGGAAUCUGUGGCCUUGCCUUUCAACCACUCUCCAUGACGGGGUCUACUCCUCUUUUCCAGCAGAUGAUUGAUCAAAAACUGGUGGAGCAGCCAAUCUUUUCGUUCCACCUGAAAAGUGGUUCCAGCGACGGUGGGUCAAUGAUCCUUGGUGGAUCCAACUCUAGUCUGUACUAUGGUCCUUUGACCUACACGAAUGUGACCGAGGCCAAGUAUUGGACUUUCAAAAUGGAUUUCGUUGAGGUCCAUGGAAAGGGCUCAAGGCGUUGCGAAGGCGGAUGCAAGGCCAUAAUGGAUACGGGAACCUCUUUGAUAGUUGGACCCGUUCUGGAUGUGCUUUCUCUGAACAACGCCAUUGGAGCACAGCAUAAUGCAACCUAUGAUCUUUAUACCGUCGACUGUUCUUCGAUUCCCACGCUUCCAAUUAUUGUGUUUGGAAUCGCUGGCAAAGAGUUUUACGUGAAGCCACAGACAUAUGUGAUUGUGUUUCAGGACUUUUGCUACUCCGGCUUUAUGGAUAUGCGUGGUCUGACAUACUGGAUAAUCGGUGAUGUCUUUCUGAGGGAGAACUAUGUGGAGUUCGAUUGGGCCAGAAAAAGAAUGGGUAUAGCACCGGCUGUUUAAGCGGCUCUAAGUUUGAAAAGACUCCUUUUUUUGUAAUUUGCAUCAGUGUUUAAAUGGCCAUUUAUUAAAAAUAAAAU